UCGUCAGGUUAGGCCCGAAGAAACAACAGGCCGGGUCCGAGUCUGUUAGGGUUCGCCUCGCCUUGCCGUCCCAGACGCUGACUGGAUGCCGUCGAGCCCCUGAGAGGCUCUUCGCGAUCGGCGCCGCCAGGGUUCGGCUCUUGGCUGGACUGGACAAGCAUCUGGGAGCUUCACGACCCUGUCCUCCGGGCCCAGCGGGAGCGCGGCAGCAAAGUUGUGUCCAGCGCUUAUCCGCUUCCCUCUCUGAAAGUGCUGGGAACGACCGGUGCAUCCACUACGUUUUUGCGGUUUUCCCACCGAGCUUGAUCGGAGCAGCCACGUCCGGAUGCAUGCCUCUCACGCAAAGAGAGACUCGGAGCUCUCUGCCGCCAGCUCGUCGCUGUCAACCUCGUCGCUCUUCUCCUCUGGUCACGGCCCCUUCUUCUCCAAUGCCUCUGAACCGCUGGGCCCGUCGCCUCUCAUGCACCUCCCACGCCCCGCCCUCUCCUCCAAGCUCCCUCCUCUCAGAAUCCCGACGCCGUCGACCGAACGGCGAGACUCCCUCAUAACCUACGCAUACUCUAGCCAGCGCUCCGCCGCGCCGAGGAGCGCCGUCGACGCCGAUGUCGAACCCCUCCUCCCGCCGCUCAAGAGGAGCAGGGUCGGCAGCUUGCCUCGCCUCCAGUCCAUUGGAGAGCUCCGCCUCUUCCACGACCAGCAGCCGUGUUUGCGCUGUAGAGCGACCCAGAAGGAGUGCGAUAGAGGCCAGCCAUGCUCGGCCUGCUCGAACCUGCCAUUGAUAGGCUCCGAGGACCAUUGGGCCGUCAUUGGGUGCUUCCGGAGCUCUCUCAGCGCAUUUACCGACUACUUAUUGCCAGGCACUUCUUUCUCACAGGGACAGAUCCAUACACCCACGUCUUCCACAUCACCCACACGACGACAAAAUGUAAACGACUACCUACAAAGGACGUGUAUUUUCCCAGCGCACAUCGGUGAUCACGUCAGGACCUGCUUGGACUAUCGAGAUGCGUUCUGGUGGUCAGGACAACAAUCUUAUAGGAGCUUUGAUGGACAUGUUGAGGCGCAACAGCUGACCAGGGAUAUGGCCGACCGCCCUCCCCCAAUUCUCUGCGCCCUCGCCGCUAGCUGGAACUGCCAGGAGACGUCAAGUAACCCGCUCGAUCUCCUGAGGUAUACCGGAUACAUAUGUCCCUCCCGUGAGGUUGAGGAGUCACAGUACCCGGUCUUGUAUCAUGCGAAAGUGCUGCUCCGAGAGACCGCAUUCUACUGCCUAUUACACCCCAAGCCCGUGAUUCAACUGGAUCCCAGCUACGGAUAUCGACCUCCCUCGGACCGCCUGGACUUUACGGGAGAGCACAGUCGCCUUGUCGAGCAGGCCAUGGUGAUAUUCUUGCAGACGUUUGAGGCCAUUGCUUUGCGGAGUUCCCCUCUCCAGUCGAAGGAGUGGCUGGCCGUCUUCUAUUCCCUGUGUAUCUUUAGCAUAGUUCGGACUCUGCUCAUGGACCUCGCUUCAGUCUCCGUGCUGCCUUAUCCCGCGUUUCGACAUCGGACCCCCCUUAGAGACAGCCCUCAGAACACGAUAGACAGCGUAUACAAGGCCCUUGUCCACCUGUUCAUCACGGGCGGACCGAUGUUGACGGACGGCUCGCCCAGCGACGUGCCACAGGAAGACGUCCCCGUGUACGAGCUGACGCGGCGCAUCAUGCGCAUGGACACCUGGCAAGCCCGGGAUAUUCGCUCCAGUGCAGACUUUCUCAUGAGCUUAGGGAGCGGAAGGACCAAGGAUGUGUACGGCUACAACGGCUUCAUCCGUCCUUCGCGACCAGUUGCCACACCCAGCAGUGAUUCUCAGCUAUCGACGCCCCAGUCCGUUUCGGCGCGUGAGCCGCGCUGGUCAUCCGUGGGAAGCUCCGCGUUUCCCCCGUCAUCUUCACACCGGGAAAUACUGCUUGGACCGCGUCCAGAGGCGCUGGAUGACGCCAACAUCAGUCGCGGUGCCGUCGCGUCGUCCCUAAGCCAGCCGGUCCCAGAACAUGUUGGACGUGCCAGGAGACAUACGGUUGCGGAAGCACCGACCAACAUCAACCCUUCGAGCUCAAUCUUUGGAAACCACUUAACGCCCAUGAGAUUCAAGCCGGCCUAUCAGAGACCGCCUCUUCGGCGCGUAUUUUGUCGCAAGUGUCACGAAUACCCCGAAGGAUUCCGCGGCGAGCACGAGCUGAGGCGGCAUACGGAUGCUAAACACGCAGCGUUGGUAAAGCGAUGGGUUUGCUGCGAGCCCGAAGGACAAAGCCCAGCGGCUCCGCAGCCUGCCAUUCCCCUGUCGAGCUGCAAAGCCUGCGUGAUGCAGAAGCACUAUGGUGCCUACUACAACGCGGCCGCUCACCUCCGCCGGGCUCACUUCAACCCCCACCGCGGAGGCAAGGCCAGCGGGGACUGGCCGCCCAUGUCGCUCCUGAAGGACUGGAUGCGCGAGGUGAGACAGUCCGUGGCGGAAGCGGCCGGGGACGCGGACAAUGACAUGUCGAGUGACGGCGAGGAGGAUGAAGACGUCAAGCAGCCGACGAGGACGGUGCCGCUGGCAGCCAUACCACCGGCGCCCGUGAUGGAGCUGCCGCCCAUGCCCAUCAACAGUGGCCAUCUGUCGAUGUCGUCCGUCGGCCCGAUGACGGUAUCGCCGAACGUCAGGGAAGAGCCGGUGCCGUGGGAAAUGGUCUCUAGAAGUCCGGCCGGUCGACUGGCACCGCCGCCGCCGCCUCCUCCGCUGUCGCUGCCACCCCCGUCAUCCGCCCAGCCGCCGAUUCCGCACCACUUACCACGGCCGAUCCCGACACCGCCAGCGCCCGAAAAUCGAAGCCGGUGUCCGUUCCCCGACUGCGGACGCGUGUUCAAAGACCUCGCAGCGCACAUGCUCACGCACCAGGAGGAGAGGCCGGAGAAGUGCCCCAUCGAGUCGUGCGAAUAUCACACAAAGGGGUUUGCUCGCAAGUAUGACAAGAACCGGCACGCGCUCACCCACUACCGAGGCACCAUGGUCUGUCCGUUCUGUCCUGGUGUCGGCUCAGCGUACGCAAAGGCGUUCAACCGAGCAGACGUGUUCAAGCGCCAUCUCGCCGCGGCCCAUCAGGUCGAGCAGGCGCCUCUGCAUAGCCAUACGACCAACAGAGGCGGUCGGCUCAUCACGCUGUCUGCAAACUCGGGGGCCAGCGCCAUCUGCUCCAUUUGCAACAACCGCUUCGCAGCGCCACAGGACUUUUACGAGCACCUGGACGACUGCGUGCUGAGCGUCAUCGUUCCGGCGGGAACCCGAGCGGCCAUGGAAACGAAUAACGAUGCUAACGACGACGAGAAGAAGACGGUAAGAGGAGGAUCAGCCGGCGCCGGAGGAGCUGGCGCAGCCGGGGAACGGACCGCCGGAAAUGGGAACGGAAAUGGAAAUGGGACAGGGAACGGGAACGGGACAGGAACAGGAACAGGAUCCAUUGACGGUACACAACCAAUGAUUUAUAUAAGAAGAGCAAAGAAGUCUUCCCGGAUGGAAUGAGCUCUUGCUUUGUUUGUUUUUUUUUUUUUUUUUCUUCCCCUCCUCUUGUCUUUUUCUGGUCAUGUCAUUGUUUUGUUGUUUGAUUUCCUUGGAGCGAUUCCCUUUCCUUGUUCUGUUUCCGACGGGUAUACGCCGUGGAUAUUGCGAGCGAAUGUAAAUACACGAAUCAUAGCGUAGCGAUGCUCAUUGUUGACUUUUGGAGGCGGACCGGAUGAUGAACGGGAGCGUGUGUCGUUGAGCUAGGAGCUUGUAGGCGUGAAGCA